CGCUCUCACAUGGGUCGUCAUAUUCUGUGUGCUGUACGAGGGAUCGAGGAGAACUUACCCACUCCUGUCAGCGGCUCGUUGCCGUGUGGUUUCUGUGGCUCGUCCGGCAAUCCGGAUUGUGCAGUCACGCUGAAGGAGACCAAUCGGGGGAUUAAUUGGGAGACGUGGUGCCCUCGCAAAGAGGACUUCCAAUAUGGCAGUGCCAAUAAAGGAUCCAACAACCGUCCAUGUCGAAAUGUGCCGAUCGUCUGCAAGCUCUGUGUUCACCCGAACCGCGAGAUGGAUUGGAAGCCAGCCAUCUGGAGGUAUAAUCUCGAAGCGCAUCUGACAGAAGAACACCCGGAGUACGCACAUCCAGGAAAGCCCUCUGGUGCCUCCCUUCCGCACGACAUGUUUGAAUGCAUGUUGCUCACUCCCCUUGAAGAGAAACGCCUUGGUGUGCCC